AUGUACGACGUGGUCGUGUAUGGCGCGACGGGCUUUACCGGCCAGCUUACGGCGCAGUACCUUGCCGAGCAUCCUCAGGCACCGGCUGUUGCGCUUGCCGGGCGCAACCAUGCCAAGCUGCAGAAAGUGCGCGACGCACUGACCGGCAUCUCAGACGAGCGCCGUGCCUCGAUUGCGCUCGUUGUAGCGUCGGCAGAGGACGCGGCGAGCAUCCAGGCACUCGCACGCAGCGCCAAGGUGGUGAUCGAUACGGUCGGCCCGUACGCCAAGCUGGGCGGCUUCGAGGUCGCGCGGGCCGUCGUCGAGGCGGGCGCGGGGUACGUCGACCUUGCGGGAGAGUCGAUCUACUGUGCGCGCCUCGUCCAGGAGCUGCACAAGCGCGCGCAGGCGACGCAUGCAGUGCUUGUGCCGUCGUCCGGCUUCGAUGUGCUUCCGUUCGACCUCGCGGCGUACUUUGCGGUGCAAGAGGUGAAAAAGGCGCUAGGGCCGGAUGCCGACGUCGACCACGUCAGCUGCGGCUUUGACGUGCGUGCCUCCGUGUCCGGCGGCACGCUCGCGACGAUGGCAAGCAUGCGCACGCACCCCGAGCUGCUGCAGUACAAGCACCCCUACCUCUUGAGCCCGGUGCAAGGCACGCUCCAGCCGAAGCUCUUCCGCUCGCGAUGGCUGCCGCAGUUUGCCAAGAGCGGCGCGUACUCGCUCUUUGCACCGCACAACACGCGCGUCGUCUCCCGCUCGUGGGGCUUGCUGGAAGAGGCGCACCUCCCCAAUCGCUACGGGUCUACGUUCCGCUACCUCGAGGCGAUCGCGAUGCCGUUCCACGCGCUUGCGAUUAUCGCGUCGCUCGUCUUCCCCAUCAUCGCGUGGCUCCUGGUGCACAUUCCCCACAUCGACAAGCUCUUCGCGGCGCUCGCUCCCCCGGGCACCGGUGCGUCGAUGGCAACCAUGCGCAAAGGAUACGCCAACCUGCGCACCAUGGCCUAUGGCCGCGACGGCAAGACGCAGGCCCUGAGCGUGUUCCGCGUGCAAGGCGACCCCGGCUACCUGAAGACAGCCGCCUUCCUUGCCGAGACCGCGCUGACGCUUGCGCUCGAAAAAGAGCGCCUCUCGCCCCUGGCACGCCAAGGCGGCGUCCUCACCCCUGCUACAAUCGGCGCCGAAGCCCUCGCCGCGCGCCUCGGCCAGUACGCCGGCGUAGUGAUCCGCAGCGCGCCCGUGCCCCCGGGCACGGACCCUGCGACAGUCUUAGUGGAGGCGUAG